AUGGAAUCGGUAACAGGUUAUUUGGGUGACACGAAACGCCUUCGCUGCCGGUUGUGUUUCCAUGCAGGUGAAAACAAACAGCUCGUGGAGGUUUUUACCAAAAAUCAAGACAUAUCAAAACGCGUUAUCAGUGCGCUAGGAGUAAAGAUUAACCGAAGCGAAAAGCAAGCCAGGAUAUGCACCGUCUGCGAGACACUCGUCGAUAUAAUCCAAAGCUUCCAGGCCGUUUGCAAACAAACCAACCAGUUGCAUCACGAUCGCAGAGAUUUUCUGCUGUACGACUCGUUUUGGAACGCCCAAGAGCAGGAUGCCGUCAAAAUUACGGAAAAGAUGAUCCUUACACAUCGCUCGGAAGUGGAUAAAACAAUUAGUGGAACAAUCGUUGUUCCAACAUUGAAAAAGGGUGAGUUUGAAAGACCGGCGCUGCAACCUCAAGUAGAGGAACAGAGGACUAACAAUAAAUUACCGGAAGAGGAAGUUAAAGAACAGCAUGCGGGAAAUGUGGCUUUUGAAAGACCUAAAACGGAAAUGGUUCUAUGUGAGCCUUUGAUAAAGGAUGAACCACGCGAUGAAAAUGAGCCACGCAUAGAAUUUCAUCCGGAACUAGAAGAAUCACCAGCCAGUGAUGUGGAACCCCUCGAAGAAGAUAACAAACCAGAUAGCGAUUCUCGAUCGAGAGAUGCCGAAUCUGCUUCGUCAAUGAUCCACGAUACGGCUAAACGAAAGAAAAAUAGACGGAGAAAGUUCUCGCGGAAGCUUUCUGAAUCUUCACCCGGAGAUGAAAAUGACCGGCUUACGGAUGAAUCGGAUGAAACCGGUCAAAAGCGAACCAAAAGACGACCAAGCAAAAGAAGGACCAACAACGAUGAUCCGCCAAACCCAUCGGAUGACGACGAGCGGGAGCCUAAAAUUCCCGGCAAGCGGGGGCCACGACGCAAAAAGGUUCGCAAAUCGGAUCCCAGUGUGUGCGAUAUUUGUGGUGAAACGGUGGCUCACUUCGUCAAGGAGUCCCACCGGAAUCAGCAUCUCGGUGUUCGACCGUACAAGUGCAGCUAUGAAGGCUGCGGUCGAUCGUAUUUUUCCCAGAAUGACCUGCGAACUCACGCAAAGCGGCAUCAGAUUACGUAUCACGUGUGCGAAAUAUGCGGUAGGAAUAUAAAGGGUGUAGAAUGGUUUCGUAGGCACGUCAAGACGCACACCGAAGGACCACAAUUUACGUGCGAAGUUUGCGGAAGCAAAUUUCGCAGGAAAGCUCAGUUGCAAACGCAUAUGGUUACACACACUGGUAUUACACCGCACGAGUGUGAAAUUUGUGGUAAACGGUUUGCUCUUAAGUACAACCUGGACGCUCACGUUAAACGCCACCAGAAAAGAGAGGAAAAUGACAAAGAUUCAGAAAAGCAAAAUGUCCCAGAAAAGCGCACAUGGAAAUAUUACGUAAAAGCGGAUAACGCUGGCAAGAAGCAUCAUGUAACGUGUGAAACGUGCGGUAAGUCAGUCCAUAAACGUGAAAUCGAAGGGCACGUUAACAAACAUCUGGGUCGUCGGCCGUACUCCUGUGACCAGGCAGGAUGUACCCUUGCCUUCUACGGUUUGCGUGGAAUCAAAGAGCAUAAAAUGGUGGUUCACUCCGAUAAAAUUCUUCGCUAUGAAUGUAGUAUAUGCAAUCGGUCUAUUAAAGGGGCCGGCACUUUCAAGCGACAUGUGAUGAUGCACAAUUCUGACAUGAAAGUGGAGUGUCAGCAUUGCGGAAAGAAGUUUACCUCAAAGAGUUAUCUCAAGGCCCACGAGCAGAAACAUUCCGGCGAGCGGCCCUACGUUUGCGAAAUGUGCGGUCGUUCGUUUGCUAUGAAGCCGUGCUGGAAAAUGCACAUGAAAACUGUCCACAAUGAGGACAGACGUGAACCCACGCGAGUCCGCAGACGCGAAACAGAGGAAGUGAAACAACAGCAGACAGUAUCGAUAGAUGGCGAAUUGCUGCAAACGCUCCCAUCAGCAGUGGAUGUCCCACUGAAUUCCCAGAACGAUAGCCAGCAGCAAUAUCAACCUGCGAUGCUGGUGACUGCAACACACGCAGCGGAAACGCAAAACUUUACUUCGCCUAAUCCGGUAAGAACUGAUUAUUCCUAUUGA